AUGUGCUGCUCCGCUCACUGUGCUGUUGGUGAGGUUUCUAACCGUGGUCGAUGCUUGUGUGAUUAUUUUAAAGUACUGAAGGGACAGGGGACCUUUGGGAAAGUGGCUUCCUGUGUCAGAUUAGACACAAAGGAGUGUGUUGCAGUGAAGAUUAUUAAGAGGCAUCUAACCUGGGCUGGUAAAAAAGAGGCAGCUGCUUUUCAACACAUCUCUCUUCUUGUGCUGAAGGAGAGCAAUCUGGUGAGGUUUUAUGAAUCCUUCAUGCACAAGGGCCACAUGUGUCUAGUUCUGGAAAUGUUGGACCAAACUCUGGAGGACUUGAUGAGAGGAAGGCGCCAGAGCCCGCUGUCUGAGAUCAGAGUCGUCUCCCAACAGAUGCUGGGGGCUCUGAAGGCUCUGAAGAGCAUCGGCCUGGUGCAUGCAGACAUCAAACCAGACAAUGUGAUGCUGGUAAACCGUAUGCAGCAGCCCUUUACAGUCAAACUGAUAGACUUUGGUUGUGCCACACCAGUUUCCAGAAUAAAGCGUGGCACAAUCCAUCAGACCCUUGGGUACAGGGCCCCUGAGGUCAUCCUGGGCCUCCCUAUCGAUGAGGCUGCAGACAUGUGGUCUCUCGGCUGUGUGCUGGCCUACAUGUACCUGAGUCGGCACCUCUAUCCUAUCAGGUGUGAAUAUGAGGUCAUGAGAAUCCUGGUGCAGAUGCAGGGUCAGCCCGAUGACCGCCUGCUGGAUGCUGGGAUCCACACACAGACUUUUUUCAGCAAGAACAAAGACACAAAUCAGGAAUGGAGGCUGAACACUUGGGCUGAAUACAUGCAGGUAGCAGGCCUGACCAGCCAACCAGGCCAAAGCAUUUCCAACCAGUUCUCUUGUAUAGACGACCUGACAAAGGAGCGCCCAGAGCCAGAGACCGUCAGAGAGCAUGAGGACACACGGGCGUUUGUCAGCCUCCUCAGGCGGAUGCUGCGUGUGGUUUCUGUCAACAGAGUGACCCCCGCCGAGGCUCUGCAGGACAGGUUCAUCACGGUGAGGCAGGGCAAGGACUCAGCAGGUGAAACCAGCUGCUCUGCAACCUACAGCCAGAGCAAAGCUCCACACUGUGAACCAACCUCACCUGAAGACCCCUCCUCUGGCAACAACAAAGGGUCACCAAGUGACGCAGCUCCCCCCACCGUUGGCCCUACUGAUCAACAUGAGGUCCUCUCCAGAAGUGAUGACCGCAGCACGGGCUUCAUCUCGGUCCAAAGUGGCUGA